AUGCCCGACCAGCCUCCCACCACACAGGGUCAGCAACUUCUGCGCUGGGAUCCCAUCAACGAUGACGUACUCGAGGAGAUCUACAAAGCAGACCAGGCGAUAUACCCGGCGCCCCUGCUGACCUACGAGCGCAUGAGGAGCUGGGCCACCAGCUGCCCGGACCUCAGCAUCUGCCUGCGGCGGCACGACCCCGGGCACGAGCCCGCCGCGGAGGGACUGGUCAUCGUCCUACCGGUGGUGGAGGAGUACUGGGGCCGUCUUGUUGCGGGUGAGUUGAGAGAGCACGAUGUUGACCCCGACCGCAUGUUUCCACCAGCCGGUGCUGCUGCUGCUGUCGCCGACGGUCCUCUGGAGACGGUGCAGGUCGGUCUGCACGUGUUUCAUAUCGAGCGGGACCCUUCUGGCGGCAGGACGCCUGGAUUCACCCCCAAGGCUCUGGACGAAAUCCGAUCCCGGGUCGGUGAGAGGUUUCCCUCGUGGAGAAUCACGGGAUAUUCUGCCCUGACUGCCACCCCACAGGGAAACAGGGCGUUCAAGAGACUUGGCUUCACGUCUAGAUAUGUCGAGACCAAAGAUGACGGUGAUGAGGCCGAGAUGCUGGUGCGCGAGGGCAAUGGCGCAUUCAGCUCGCCGUGA